AUGGUCUACACCGAGCUUCGUCUUGCUCGUCUCCAUGACCUGCACCAAGAGCUUCUCCGCCUCUUCCCAUCGGCCCUGGUUCCUAUACGUCAACCCCAGAUUGGCCAUGCUCGUCAGCGUGUUAGGAUGAUCUACACCGAGCUUCGUCUUGAUCGUCUGCAUGACCUGCAUGUCGAGCUGCUCCGCCUCUUCCCAUCGGCCCUGGUUCCAGAACGUCGACGCCAGAUUAGCCAUCCUCGUCAGCGUGUUAGGAUGAUCUACACCGAGCUUCGUCUUGCUCAUCUCCAUGACCUGCACGUCGAGCGGCUCUGCCUCUUCCCAUCGGCCCUGGUCCCUAUACGUCGACCCCAGAUUGGCCAUGCUCGUCAGCGUCGAGGGAUGGUCUACACCGAGCUUCGUCUUGCUCAUCUCCAUGACCUGCACGUCGAGCGGCUCUGCCUCUUCCCAUCGGCCCUGGUCCCUAUACGUCGACCCCAGAUUGGCCAUGCUCGUCAGCGUCGAGGGAUGGUCCACCCCUAG